AUGAAGAUCUUCUCCAUGUUAAUCUUCCUCAUUUUUCUCCUCUUCCCGUUCUUCUUAGCUUCUCAGUCUGCAACAAUCCUGGUGGAUGGUGUUUCAGAGUGGAAAAAUCCCAGUGUUCAUGUGGGAGACUCAAUCAUUUUCAAACACAAGUAUUACUACAAUCUCUAUAUUUUCCAGAGCAAAUAUGCAUUCAAUCUCUGCAAUUUCACCCAAGCUACACUUCUCACCAAACCCAACUUCACCUCCUAUGCGUGGCACCCUUCUCGCCCUGGUUUCUUCUACUUUACUUUCAACAAUGGCUCUCUCAAAGCAUGCCAAGGCUUUCAAAAGCUCUCUAUAAAAGUCACUCCCGCGCUGCCUCCAGAAAAUGACACCACCCCAUUACCCGGAUUACCUCCAGCAGAGGCUCCAGCGCCCACGUCCGGUGGAUCAGUUGUGUCAUCUUCCCCAGAAUAUCUAUGGCCAUUCCGGCCUCGCCAAGCAGUUUCACCAGCACCAAGCGCUAGCUCACCAGUAACAGUACCAGCUCUAGUGCCAGAUAAAGGUGGUGGUAUUCCUUUUAUCAACAGUAACCCUGCAGUUCCAUUGCCUACUGGUGAAGUUGAUUCUGCUACUAUUGUCCCUUUGCCCACCUCUGAUCAUGGAGGACAGGCAGUGGUGGGGUUCCUUGCAGCUCCAAUGGCUCUGUUUUCUGUGGCCUUCCUAGAGAGAGAAUGGUUGGCCAAAUUUGUUGUAAAUUAG